AUGGCCAACCAGUCGACAUUAGAAGCCGAAAUUAAACCGCUUCAAGAUGAGCUCUUGUCUCAUCCGAUUUACGAAAGUAUCAAUAGCGUUCAAGCUGUGCAGCAUUUCAUGCGAUUCCAUGUUUUUUCCGUUUGGGACUUCAUGAGCCUUGUCAAACGACUCCAGCGCGAUUUGACCUGUACGAAAACACCGUGGACACCGCCAAAGAACCGACCAGCUGCUUACAUCAUCAAUCAGAUUGUACUUGGUGAGGAAUCCGACGACUUCGACACUGCUCAAGUGUCCAACGCAAUUUCCCACUACGAGCUUUACUUGAAAGCAAUGGUCGAGGUUGGAACAGGAAAGGUCACCAAGCUUGUUUCGAUGAUUGAGCGAGGGCAGCAUUAUGAAGAUGCUCUGCGGUCACACGAGUGCGUUUUUGGCGAGACGAUUCCAGCAGCUAUUUACGAUUUUGUCCGCGACACGUUAAGAACCGCCGACAAAGGGAGCACUCACAAAGUGAUGGCGGCCUUUCUCUUCGGCCGGGAAGACCCUAUUCCGAAGAUGUUCCAGUCAAUCAUCGACAACAAAAUCCUCUCUGACGAUAAAACGCUCGACUGCUUCCGACUCUACCUCCAACGACAUAUCGAUGUGGACGGAGACGACCAUGGCCCUCUCGCUUUUGCUGCUCUUAGUGAAAUCUGCGGCGAUGACGAGACAAAGUGGGAAGAAGCUACAGCUGCUGCGAAAAACGCGAUCGAGAGAAGAAUCGAUUUUUGGACGGGAAUACUAGAAAUCGCAUCAAAUACUCCUUAUACGAGAGCAACAACAAAGGUUGAGGACCGUCUCAAGCGAAGAGUAACAAAAGCUGCGUUGGAACAUCUUGCCGAUUCAGAGUCGGAUUCUGGUAUCUCAUGUGCUGGGGCAGCCUGA